AUGCGUGUCAAUUCCUUGCGAAUGUUACGAACGCCUUGCGAAUAUUACGAACGCCGUGCGAAUGUUACGAACGCCUUUGGAAUGCUUACGAAUGAUACCAACGUUCCCAGUGUCUUACCAUUUUCUUACGAAUGUUACGAAUAUUCUAUACCACCACCAGCCAGACCACCCACACUUGCAGCAGCAACAGCCAGACCACCCACACCAGCUACACCACCCCAAGAACCGAAGGAAGAAAGGUUGGCGGAUCCUGGAUCACGUGGUGAAGAUUCAGAUGGUGUGGAAGGGGAAGACGAGUCUGAAAGUGAAAAGAGAAGGGGUGUGCCCUCUCUACGAGAGCGUUUACCUAUGUCUGCUGGACUAGGAGUAGGUGAACUUCGGGCUCGUUUAGGGGUUUGGUUCGGCAGCGUGGUAGCUCUAGAUGGUGCAGGUGUAGUGUCCAUUUCAGUUGGUAGAUAUGGUUACUCUGGUUUUUGUUUCGUUGAUUGUUUGGUAGAAUUUGGAGAUUACAGCUUGAGUGAGACGUUUCCCAUAGGAGCGACGGGCCCAGGACAGGGCAUGAGAAACGAUGCGGUCGACGGCAGUGUCGAGGAAUGGUUUACUCAUCUUACCAACGUUCCCAGUGUCUUACCAUUUUCUUACGAAUGUUACGAAUAUUCUAUACCACCACCAGCCAGACCAACCACACUUGCAGCAGCAAUAGCCAGACCACCCACACCAGCUACACCACCCCAAGAACCGGUAGUAUUGGCAGAUAAAUGA